GAUAGACUGAAUACAAAAUACCACUGGUGUAAUAGUAUAAGUAUAAAGAAAUUUGCUUUAUCACUGUUCAUCACAUUGCUUAACAUCGAUAUAAGAGUAUCAAGUGUAAAUGGCUUUAACGAAAAUUGAAUUCGCGGUACAUAUGACAUGCGAAAAAUGCGUUAAUGCAAUUUCUAAGAGUAUAGCAGAUCUGGAAGGCAUCCGCAAUGUUGAUAUAUCAUUAGAACAUGGCACUGUCACUCUUGAAACAAAUCUAUCUUAUUCCAUCAUACAAGAAAGAAUCGAAAGUACUGGAAGGCAGGCAGUGUUAAAAGGAUAUGGAGAUGGAUCAAGUGCUGUGGUAAUGUUGGGUGGAAAUUCGGGUUACAGCAUAGGUAAUCUGAUCAAAGGGGUUAUAAGAUUUGGAGAAACUUCAGAGGGAUGUAUCAUAGAUGGUACAAUCGAUGGUUUGACUCCUGGUGAACAUGGUAUGCAUGUACACGAAUGUGGUGAUAUAUCUAAUGGCUGUGAGAGCGUAGGCGAACACUUUAAUCCAAAUAAUUCACCACAUGGUGGUCCCGAAGAUGAUUUGACCAAAAGGCAUGUUGGUGAUCUUGGCAAUGUCUUAGCUGAUACUUCUGGCAGAGCUGCUUUUCGAAAGAUAGAAAAGUUUCUUAAGAUAUCCGAUAUCAUUGGCAGAUCUCUCAUUAUUACUAAGGAUCCAGAUGAUCUUGGAAGAGGUGAUAGUCCAGAGUCCAAGAUAAAUGGAAAUAGCGGAGCUAGAUUGGCUUGCGGUAUUAUAGCCAGAUCAUCCGGAUUAUUUCAAAAUACGAAAAAAAUCUGCGCAUGCGAUGGCCUCACUAUAUGGGAUGAGAGAGAUCGAGCACUUGCAAAUAACCAUGCAAAUUUGUAAUUAACACGAAGACAACGCGAUUGGUCUAACAAAGAAUGCAUUCCAUGUUAAAAAGAAC